ACGGUGUCGGAUUAACCCGCGGAAUCUCAAAUUAGUCCAAGGGUCGGGUCACCCUGAACUCCACAGCACCCAAAGAAAUGGAUUCUUCACAGCCGCGGAAUCAUUCAGCCCACCACCACCACCACUGCCCUCACCAGCCACCGCACCACCACCACCACUACCACCUCCACUUUUCACCUCACUGCCCACUUCACAGCCGUCUUCUCCAACCAAACAUCCACCUCCACCCAUGCCCUAGCUCUCUCCCCUCUCUUAACCAAUCAAAAUCGCUGGUUCCCGAGUGUGCCGAAACCUACCCUUCCGAUGCCUUAAUGAUCCAAGACCAAGAGGGGAACGAAGAAGCAUUUGAGGAAGUUGACGAAGAUCCAGUUUUCAUUCUAACUGAUGAAUGGAGGGAGUUCUUUGCAAAAUCUGAAGCUAAACGGAGAUUAGCAAAGAAGCAGGCUAGAAAGAAGGGAAAAGCAUCGGCUGUUUAGCUUUCGCGAUCAUUCAUUAUCCAAGUGAAAGAGGCGGUGGCGAUUGCUCUUUAGAUGCGUAGUCAUCAUUUGGGGACAGGCUAGUGGGAGAGAGUACGAAGAUGGUGUUGUAGAACUGGCAUAAGAUACUAGAAUCAAAGAUUCAAACUGUUCUGACCCCCAUAUCAGUUCCCAAGCUGGUGAGUUACAGAAUGUCAACUAGUAUGUUAAGCUUCUGUGUUGUGGGGAUUUCUUUUGCUGUAAAAUACGUUGGCACACAUGGAAUGUGCUGCUCUUCAUUCUCUGGAAUGAUCUCAUUUUUGUUUUCAAUGGAUAAGACUAUGAGUCCCGAAGUUGUUGACUAAAUUAUUUUCAGAAAAUUGAGGGAAGUUGUUUAGGCCAUUACUGAAA